GCCCUGCGACUCGGGGCAAAGAGACUUCUGGGGUUUCGCGUGCUGCUCGGGCUCGCGAUGGCGGCCUCAUUGAUUGGGAAGAAGAUCGUGUUUGUCACCGGCAACGCCAAGAAGCUGGAGGAGGUCAUUCAGAUUCUAGGCGACACGUUUCCGUGCACCCUGGAAGCUCGCAAGAUUGACCUGCCCGAGUACCAGGGAGAGCCGGACGAAAUCUCCAUUCAGAAGUGUCGGGAGGCUGCUCGCCAGGUUCAGGGACCCGUCUUGGUGGAAGACACCUGUCUGUGCUUCAAUGCCCUCGGGGGUCUCCCCGGCCCCUACAUCAAGUGGUUUCUGGGGAAGCUGAAGCCUGAAGGUCUCCACCAGCUUCUGGCCGGCUUCGAGGACAAGUCUGCCUAUGCGCUCUGCACAUUUGCUCUGAGCACUGGGGACCCCAACGAGCCCGUGCAGCUCUUCCGGGGCCGGACCCCGGGUCGGAUCGUGGAACCCCGAGGCAGCCGGGACUUUGGUUGGGACCCCUGCUUUCAGCCGGAUGGAUACGAGCAGACGUAUGCCGAGAUGCCCAAGGCAGAGAAGAAUGUCAUCUCACACCGCUACCGAGCUCUGCGGGCACUGCAGGACUACUUUGGCAGCCUUACUCCUGGCCAGGGGUCCGGCGAGGGCUAGCCCAGCUCUGCCUUCGGGCAGGUGGGGCAGGCACGCCCGUUAUUUCCAGCCUUGGCACCAACCCUGUCCAGAGGAGCAGCAGGUCCUGCUCGGAACCUUUGGACAAGUUGUCCCAAGGAGUCCACCAUCUCCUGCAGACUCCAGGCCUGGGAUCCUGAAAGGACCUUUGGGGUUGAAACUGGCCUUGGCAGGAUUGAAGGUGUGGCAAGGAACAAACAGCCUUAGUUGUUUCCAAAUGCAUAGACAAUUCCGGGAGGCCCUUGUUUCCAAAAUAAAUUGGACAUCUCUGCCUAGAA